GAUAACUCUAGAUGUUUAGACUAUAAUAACGCCUCAUCCUACGAACGGGAAGCAUAAAAAAGUAUUCAGAACAAUCUGUUGUAUAGCUGGAUGGCCCUGCCCUAAAAUAAGAAGACUGUUUGGAAUAACUUUUCGUGUUAGAGGAUUUUAUAUUGGUUGGUACGAUGUCAGACGACAGCCCUGCCAUUUCGAUGGUGGCGGCCAUCGACUUCGGCACCACUUACUCAGGGUAUGCCUUCUCAAAGAAGGACGAUUAUGAGACAGACAAACUGAAAAUUUCCUACAACCAAUGGAAAUCACCCACCAUGAUCUCUCUAAAGACCCCCACAACAGUUUUACUAGGCCCUGACAAAAAAUUAAUUGCGUUCGGUUACGAUGCGGAAUCGCAAUACACAGCGCUAGCAGAGCAAGAAUCGCACAAGGGCUACUACUACUUCAGACAAUUCAAAAUGGAACUGUACAACGAAAUCAGAAAGUCUAAACUUACCAAGAAAACUACAAUACCAGAUAUAAACGGAAGGCGUCUGCCUGCCAUGGACAUAUUUGCACACGCGAUUGGUUUCUUGCAACAACACUUGCUUGAUGAUUUGAACAGCCGUGGAACUGGUAUUACAUAUCCACAGGAAAUUCAUUGGGUGCUUACGGUUCCUGCCAUUUGGGACGAUCCUGCGAAACAGUUCAUGAGAGAAGCUGCGAAAAAAGCAAAAAUCCAGAGUGAAAACUUGACAAUAGCCCUGGAGCCAGAGGCAGCGUCCAUUUACUGUAAACAUUUAUCAUUGGAAAAGGGCGAAGAGAAUGAAAACUUCGACGUAUUUCAGAAAGGAAGCCGCUACAUGGUGCUUGAUGCAGGAGGAGGAACUGUUGACAUCACAUUACAUGAAAUUCAAGAAGAUGGAAGAAUACGAGAACUUGAGCAAGCUACCGGUGGCCCUUGGGGUGGGACGUACGUUGAUCAAACCUUCUAUAGCCUUUUGUCGGAAAUUUUGGGCAAGAAUGAGUUUGUAAGAUACCGUAAAGAACAUCCUUCCGAUAUGAUGGAGUUGUAUCGUGAAUUUGAACUUAAAAAGCGUUCAAUGGCGGGACGCGAUGAUUCCGACGAAUCAGAAUGUUCUGGUGCUCGAAGUAUUACUUUGAAAAUUCCUCUGACCUUAAAAGAAUUUUGUAGAGAGAUUCAUAACAAAAAUAUUCAGGAUGUGGCAAGCGAAACUCCCUGUUGUGAUGGUCUUCUAUGGCGUCAAGAUAAACUCAGAAUUAAGCAUGAACGUUUUUCAAGAAUGUUCUCAGUUGCGUGUGAUGGUAUUGUGGAUCAUAUAAAACGGCUUCUUUCUCAAAAGUCAAGAGGAACAAACACAAUUCUCAUGGUAGGUGGCUUUUCAGAAUCGUUGCUUUUGCAAGAUAAAAUCCGACGUUCAUUCCCAGACAUGCGUGUUGUGGUACCACACGAAGCUGGGCUUGCAGUGCUGAGGGGCGCAGUCCUAUAUGGUCAUGACCCGAAAACUAUUUCUGUGAGGGUUGCGAGAUGCACGUAUGGAGUAGGAACAUGUGAACAAUUCAAUGCUUCUUGCCAUCCUAAGUCCAGAAAGAAAAAAAUAAAUGACUCAUGGUACUGUAGUGGCGUGUUUAGUAAACAUGUUCAGAAAGGAGACGUAUUGGAAGUCGAUCAGGCUCAAGCAGAUCACCCCUAUGUCCCCCUUCACGAGGAUCAAAGAAGUAUAUCUUUCAAAAUUUUUACAUCAACUGAAGACGAUCCAAAAUUUACGAACGAUGAAAGUUGCAGGUAUCUAGGAUGUCUUGAAAUAGAUAUUUCAAAACUGAAACGCGAAUCAAACAAAUCUGUUCGUGUGAAGUUCAUAUUUGGUGGAACAGAAAUAAAAGUUGUGGGCAAAAUAGAGGAAACGAAUGAAGAGACCGAGGUUACGUUUAACUUUUUGGAGGAGAAUCCAGAUUCAAUUGAUGAUGAAGUGUGUAUAAAUUGAUAAUAAAUUGAUAAACUUCA